AUGGGCUGUCUGGGCGGCAGCAAGACGGAAGACCAGCGGCUGGAUGAGAAAGCUCAGAGAGAAGCCAACAAAAAGAUUGAAAAACAACUUCAGAAAGAAAGACAGGCUUACAAAGCAACACACAGACUGCUGCUGCUGGGUGCAGGAGAGUCUGGGAAAAGCACUAUCGUAAAGCAAAUGAGGAUUCUACAUGUGGAUGGCUUCAACACAGAUUCAGAGAAGCAGCAGAAGAUUCAGGACAUCAGGAAGAAUGUAAAGGAAGCGGUUGUGACCAUUGUGUCAGCCAUGACCACGUUGACCCCACCCAUUCCCCUGAGUAACCCUGGCAACCAGUUCCGGGUCGACUACAUCAAGAGCAUCGCACCCCUGUCUGACUUCGAAUACACUGAGGAGUUUUUUGAGCACGCUCAGAAGCUGUGGGAGGAUGAGGGCGUGAAGGCAUGUUAUGAACGCUCCAAUGAAUACCAACUCAUCGACUGUGCUCAGUACUUUUUAGAAAGGUUAGAAUCAGUUAGACGGAAUGACUACACUCCUUCCGACCAGGAUUUGCUGCGUUGCAGAGUUUUGACUUCAGGGAUUUUUGAGACCAGGUUUCAGGUUGACAAGGUCAACUUCCAUAUGUUUGAUGUUGGAGGGCAAAGAGAUGAAAGGAGGAAAUGGAUUCAGUGCUUCAAUGAUGUGACAGCCAUCAUCUUCGUAGCAGCAAGCAGUAGUUAUAACAUGGUGAUCAGAGAAGAUAACUCAACCAACCGACUUAGAGAAUCACUGGAUCUCUUCAAAUCCAUCUGGACCAACAGGUUCCUGAAGACCAUCUCAGUCAUCCUGUUCCUAAACAAACAAGAUAUGCUGGCAGAGAAAAUUCUGGCAGGAAAAUCCAAACUGGAGGACUACUUCCCAGAAUACACACAGUACACAGUGCCUACUGAUGCUGUACCUGAUGCUGAGGAACACCCCAGUGUGACGAGAGCCAAGUUUUUCAUCAGAGACGAGUUUCUGAGGAUCAGUACAGCGAGUGCUGAUGGGAAACAUUAUUGUUAUCCUCACUUCACCUGCGCUGUUGACACAGAGAAUAUCCGCCGAGUCUUUAAUGACUGCCGUGACAUCAUUCAGCGAAUGCACCUCAGACAGUACGAGCUGCUCUGA